UUGAUUGUUUUUUUUUUCCUACCCCUCUACCUAACAAUUUCUGGAAUCCCUCGUGACCACAUUUCUCCUUCAGGGAUAGGAUAUAAAUAUAUAUUGCAUUACAAACAGUAUAAAUGGGACCAUCAGCUUCCUCUUUCUGACACUAUCCACAAGAAGAGAGGUGAACCUGGAACAAUGUUCUCACUGGUCAGAGUCCUGAUACUUCUGGUACUUUCCCUGGUCACAGUCAGCAUGGAAUUGUGUUCUAUUAGUGCUGGUAUCCCAGGAACUCCUGGGGCUCCAGGUCUACCUGGCAGAGAUGGCCGGGAUGGUGUCAAAGGAGAUCCUGGUCCUCCAGGUCCCAUGGGACCCCCUGGAGGCAUGCCAGGGCUCCCUGGAAGGGAUGGGCUGACUGGGGCACCUGGGAGUGUGGGAGAACGAGGUGAAAAGGGUGAGCCAGGUGCAAUGGGACCUCCAGGGCUGCCAGCUUAUUUAGAUGAAGAUUUACAGUUUGUACUGAAAGACUUCAGACAGCGCAUCCUGCAGUCAGUCGGAGUUCUCAGCCUGCAAGGCACCAUGUUGCAGGUGGGUGAGAAAGUCUUUUCUACAAAUGGUCAGUCAAUGAAUUUCGAGGGUAUCAACAAGACCUGUGCCAUGGCAGGUGGAGCUAUUGCCACCCCAAGAAACGUGGAGGAGAACUCAGCUAUCAUGGGCCUCGUGCAGAAGUACAACACGUACGCCUACCUGGGCCUGGUGGAAGGGAAGACACCAGGGAAAUUCUUCUAUCUCAACGGAAGCCCAGUGAACUACACCAACUGGUACCCGGGGGAACCUGCAGGUAAAGGGAGGGAGCCUUGUGUGGAGGUGUAUAAAGACGGCACCUGGAAUGACAAGAGCUGUCUGCAGUACCGGCUUGUCAUCUGUGAGUUCUAAGGCUCUCCUCAGCAACUGGUACCCCAGGCCAGAGGGUGAAGGAGCGCGGCUCAUUGGUCAUGAUCUCUCCUCCGGCCCUUUGGGCCCCUUGUCUGCCUCUUCCAAGAAUCUCUUUUUUUUGUUUCAUUCCUUGCUUUGGACUAAUUACUUCUCCCCAGAUUGUUGGCUGCCAAGUUGUCUCUCCCAAACAUAGACAGUAUAGUGUCUCAAAAAGAACGAUGGAUGACCUGCAAUCAGAAGAUCAAGCCAGGCUCUGUUCUGGUUUACUUUGACUUCUAGUAAAUCAUUGAAUCCUAGUCUUGAUGCCUUAGUUUUAUAAAUUGUAUGAGAGAGAGGGAGAGACAGAGACAGAGAGAGGGAAAGCAAGACAGACAAAGAGACAGAGAGA